UAUUGGCUCAUUUCAGCUAGCGGUCUUGUUUGGAUUCGGGAAAGGAGUUAGCUUCGUCUCCUGCUUCGUCUUCUUUCAUAUUUUUGAGUCGUGUAAUGGCUAGGAGCGGCGUGUGGGCGUAGAAGGGCGUACAGUGAUCCCGUGUGCUGCGUGAGGACAGGGUAGGAAGUCAGCAGUGAGCACCAUGUCAGACAACAUCAAGGUCACAGUUCGGGUGCGUCCCUUCAUCAAGAGAGAGUUGGGUGAUGCAGCGCCCGCCUCACAUUGGGACAUUCAGGAUGACCAUGGCAUAGUACAGGUCCACCCUGCCUCCUGCAAGCCACUUAGUACUCCCUACAUAUUUGAUGAUGUGUUUGGCCCUGACAUGCAGAACGAGGAUGUGUACCGGGAGGUGGCAAUGCCCAUCAUUGAGUCAGCCCUCACUGGCUUCAAUGGCACUAUCUUUGUGUAUGGACAGACAUCGUCAGGCAAGACCUUCACCAUGAUGGGGACCGUCAGCAGUCCAGGCAUUGUUCCCUUGGCUGUGCAGAACAUUUUUCGCAUCAUUAGGACAACCCCGGACCGUGAGUACUUGAUCAGAGCCUCGUACAUGGAGAUCUACAAUGAGAAUAUCUCCGACCUUGGCAGGGCAGGACACCAAGGGGCGCUCUCUCAACAUCCGCGAAGACCUGUCAGGGGCUGUAUUAAUGUGGGUGACUUGAAAGAGGAGUAUGCCAACUGUGAGGAGCAGUUGCUGAAGAUUAUCAAGAGAGGAGAGAAGAAUAGACACACGGCCAGCACUAAUAUGAAUGAACGCAGCUCCCGUUCUCACACCAUCUUCCGCCUGAUUUUGGAGUCUCGGGAGCGUGGGGAUGAGGCUCAAGAGGAAGGGGCCGUCACCGUGUCUCAUCUCAACCUGGUGGACUUGGCUGGCUCAGAGAAUGCCUCCCAGUCUGGGGCAACAGGCGAGAGGCUGCGGGAGGGAGGAUUCAUCAACAAGUCCCUCUUCAUGCUUGGCCGGGUCAUCUCUCAGCUCAGCGAGGGAGAGUCCUUUGUGAACUUCCGUGACUCCAAGCUGACCCGGAUUCUGCAGACGUCCCUCGGUGGCAACUCCAAGACUGCCAUCAUCUGCACAGUGACCCCCGCAGCUGUGGAGCAGACACACUCCACCCUCAGGUUUGCGUCACGUGCCAAGGCAAUCAAGAACAAGCCAGUAGUGAAUGAGGUGCUUUCGGACGCAGCGCUGCUGAAGCGUUACGCCCGAGAGAUAAAGGCCCUGCAGCACACCCUGGCCCUGGAAAGGAACACGGACAAGAACCAGGAGGUGGAACAGGUGCGGGAGAUGUUUGAGGAACAGGCAAGGAGGAAUGAGGAGCUGCAGGCCAAAGUGAUGGAGCUGCAGACAAAACUUGUUGUGUCCAGUCUACCCCGAGGCUGCCCCCGGAACCCGAUGGACAAGAAGAAGAAGAAGGCCAGGCGUGAGACAUGGUGCGCCCCUGCCAUCCGCAACAGCCGCAUGAGCCUGGGCCACCCCCUGCUGCCCACCCUGCCCUCGUGUGUAGAGGAGCACAAGUUUGUCCAGCCAAGGCUUCCACCCUGGACAGAGACGAGCAUCUGUUCAGAGAGUGCCUGCUCUGACACUUCUCUGUAUAAUAUUGAGAACUCCCUUAGCCAGGAAGAAUUUGGCAAGGAUGACAUCAGCUUUGUUCUCAAUCAGGCAGAGAAGUCCAAGUUAGACAGGCAGGAUUUCUUGCCACUGGAUUCCCCUUACAUGGUGAACACAAGCAGGAGGAAGAAAAGGAGAGUGAAAUUUGAUGUUGCUCCUUCACCACCCCAGGCCUCAGACAUUGGCUGUCAGACAGAGGAGAGCCUGAUGCCGCAGAUGAGACUGUUUGCUCAAAGUUUGCCCAGCACCCCACAAGGCACUCCACUGUCUGUCAAGUUGCCUGGCACUCCCAGCACUCCCUCCCACGUCCUGCGGGCGCGGAACCAGGAACUGCGGGAUAAGCUGAGGGAGAAGGAAGACUGGCUCAGUGACUGGCAGAGGGAGAUGGAGACCCUGAAGGAGUUCCACCGCCUGGAGAUCAAGACCCUGGAGGAGAGUUUUGAUGGGAAGGUUGCUGCCUUCACUGAGAAUCACCCACGUCUUGAGGCAUCAGCACAGGAAACAGAGCACCUAAAGGAGAUAGCGUCACUGAGGCGAUCCGUGCAGGACUACGAGCAGCUGUUGAUGGACGCCAACCGGGAGCUGUCCCUCAACGUGCAGAACUCAGCAGACUUACAGAGGCAGCUAGAGACACUCAGUGAGGAGAACAUCCAGCUGUCGGGGCUGCAGGAGGAGGUGGUGAAGCUGCGGGAUGAGAACAAGAUGCUCAAGAAGGAUUUGGAGGUGAAGGAAUGCCGCCUGAGCAAAUGUGAGAAUGAGAGGAAUGACUUUGAUAUGGAGAUGGAAUUAGCAUUGGAGAAGCAGAAGCAGAAGGAGGCGUAUCUGCAGAACAAUCUGGAGGAGGCGUGGAAGGAGAUAGCAGCAUAUGAGAAAGGGGAUGUGGAGGAGGUGAAGAAGAAUUGGCAACGAUUGGCUGAAUUGGAGUUGAUGGUGUCUACUGCCACUACAGCACAGGGCACAACCCAGAGCAGUGACGCCCUUGACCAGCAGCUGGUGAAGGUGCAGCAGGAGGCUGACGAACUGCGGGUGGAGCUGCUGGAGGUAUCCCAGCAGAUGGAGCAGGUGAAGAAGGAGAAUGAUGAGCUGAGGCAGGAGGUGAAGGAUCUCCAGGAACACCUGAGUGAAGUGCUGUCCAGACAAGGCUCUGACAGAAUACUCUCACUGAAGGAGGAGGUGGAGAACUUAAAGAAGAGACUGGAGGAGGCAGAGAAGAUACAGCAGCAUAAAGUUGAAGGAGAGGAAGAGAUGCGUCUUUCUCCUCCCAUUGAAGUUAUGUCUGACAGAAGAGGAGGAGAGGAGGGGAGCACAAUGGUCUCCCAGGACUUCUCACGUGCCCUCUCAGAAACCAUACAGGCACUGGAGGAAUCCAUCUGUGUUGCCACUCCAGGCAGGCACUCCUUUGGGACUUGGCUUGACAAUCUGUCUCCCAGGGACCUUGAAGCAGCCAGGCCUCUGGUGGAGACUCUGAAGGCAGGACUCUCAGCGCUGCAGGAACACAUGCAGGUGAUGGAGCAGCAGCAGCAGGAGACAGCCUAUGCCACAGACCACUGCCUGCAGAUUGCUGCUGAGAUGGAAAAAGAGCUCAACACAUGGAAGAUUCAGGAGUCCUUCAUAGGAGACUAUGUCCUUCAUGCCAUAUCUUCAAGGCAACCAAAACAGAGCAGCACACAUGCCUGCCCUUCUCCACCCCAUGGGAAAUCUGAGGAGGCUGUACACAAGGCUGUGGAGGAGGCAUGCUCUCAGCUCAAGGCAGAAUAUGAAGCCAAGCUUACCGCCUUUGAAAAUCGAGGUCGAUUUAACAGCAAGAGUGAAAGUCUCUACUUCUCAUUUUCCCUUGAGAAUGACACUCCAUCAGGUGUGCCAGGACAGAGUGAGCGGCGUGAGGACACCAUGCUGGAUGCGUCCUUCUUCAGCCUUGGCUCUCACUUCAACAACACAGAGGUGAAGGAGCUGAAAGGACAGCUGGAGCUCCUUACACAGGAAAAUAGUGAACUUCUGAAUCUAGUGAAAGCACUACAGGAUGCUGGUAAUGCAACUCCUCUUGCUGCUGCUGCAGUGGAGGGAAAGACCAGGACUCCUCCAGACACUUGCAUAUCAGAACCUGUGUGUCCUGAGGGGAAGUGUGCCUUGGAUGGUGUGUCAUGGGAACAAGAAGUAGAAAGUGCAAAUCCAUCAUCUGAGCCACCUUCAGCAACUCCUCAGUCCUUGGCAGAUGAAUUGCGACAGGCUGGAAUGAACUUGACAAUGCUGAAUGAAACCUUUGAGACCUCAGUGGUGGUGCCUGCGAGUGUUACCAAUCCCAACUCAGACACACUGGAGCUCAGACAGCAGCUGUGUGUGCUGGAGCAGGAGAAGGUUCAGCUGCAGGAUAAAGUUUGCAGUUUACAAGAUACCUUAAGGCAGAUGAAGGAAAAGAAAAGUUCUAUCAUUGAAAAAUCAGCAGAGGAGGAAACUGUUUAUAUUGACCAAUUGGAGAGUGAGGUGCAGAGGCUAAAGGAAGAGUGCCUUACCCAGACCACCCAUAUAAAGACACUUCAGGAUGAAAUGAACUCCAGGAACUCUGUUAACAAAAUAGAAAUCCAGGAUUCAACAGCCACCAUCAUAGAGGAAGAAAAAAUGAAAUCAGAAUGGAAGGUGUAUGAACUGGAAGAAAAACUUGGAUACCAAAAUUUUGCUGAGAAGGAGAAGCAGGAAGAAGUCAACCAUUUGAGAGAUCAGAUCAAGAAGCUGGAGGAGGAAAAACUGAGCAUGGAGACAAAGUUGUUGACGCUUGAGGAGAAAUUAAGUUGCAUGAGCCUGAUAGAAGAAGAAUUGCACAGCCUUCAGUGGCAGGUCACCACUCUGAAGGAGGAGAAGUCAGUUCUGGAGAAGGAACUCAUUUUCAUGCAGGAUGAGGUUGAGAAAUUGACAGAACAGAAUGAACAGCUAUCUUACAAGACUGAGUGUAAGGCCCAAGUGGAGGCUGAUGGAGCCAAGGAGAGCAAUGCAGGCCCAACAUCAGACCAUGCUGACACUGAGAUUGAGAAUGCAAGUGUCCUGCAGCAAAAGACCAAGGAAUUAGAGGAAGCAAAGGAGGAAAUUGAAGUACUCAAACAGGAAGUAGAGAAGAUGCACAGAGUGUCAGAAGAAAGCUGUGCGGACGUGAAGAAUGAAGACAAUGCAAAGGAAGUGGAAGAGAAAAUUAUGGAAUUACAAGAAUCCAAGGAGAAGAUUGAGUAUCUGAAAGAGGAAAUAGAGAAAGUCUCUGCAAAAUGCCAAAAUGAAUUGGCUGAAAAGGAGAAUGAACUGGAGAUGAUGAUAACAAACUUCAUGGAGAAGGAAGAAGCUUUCGAGAACACAGAGAAGCAGCUAAAGAGAGCCAAUAUAGAUUUGAAGGAUUCUCUAGCCAACAAAGAUUUAGAGCUUCAGAAUAUUAGGAAUAAACAUGAGGAAGAAUAUGUUAAAGUUACUGCUGAGCUGGAGGAGAUGAAAAAAACCUUAAUUAAGAAAGAUCUGGAGCUUCAGAGAGUCAAUUCACAGCUGGAUCAAAUGAAGGCAGAGGCAGACCACAUGCCAGAUAACAAAGUAAUGUCUGAGCUUGAGGAAAAUCUGCAGACACUCAAGCAAGAGUAUGUUGACCUUCAAGCCCAGAGUGAAGAAAAGUUAGUGAAGGCUCAGGCAAGUGUGAGAAAGUUUGAGGAGAAAUAUAAUAGCUGUCUUCAGGACUACAUUGCCGCAUCACAAGCCUGUGAGGAGAACAGAUUGAUGCUCAUCAAGUCUGAGGAGGAAAAGGAGAUCUUGAAGGAGAAACUUGAUAGUGAGGUAAAAAGAUAUGAAGAAGAAAAAGGGGCUCUACAGUUGAAAUAUGAAAAUGAACGGCACAAAUCUGAGUUGGAGAAAGAAAACCAUGAAAGCAAGGUGAAGAAAUAUGAAGAGGAAAAGGAAAAUCUAUGGCUCAAGUAUGGAAAUGAACUACAGAGAUCUGAGUUAGAGAAGGAAAAGCAUGAAAGUGAGGUGAAGAAAUAUGAAGAAGAAAGAGAAAACCUGCGACUCAGGUAUGAAAAUGAACUACAACAGUCAGAGGAGGAGAAAGAAAACCUGACUGUCAAAUACAAGUGUGAGAUACAGAAACAUGUGGAGCAGAAAGAAAACUUGAAACUGAAAUAUGAGAGUGAGAUAGCGAGUGCCACUGCUGCCGGAGAGUCACGGUCAAGGGAAGCUUUGGGUUUCUCCGUCCAGAGUACCAUGGAGCAGAAACUUGAUGAGAUGGAGACACUGAAGGAUAGUCUGGAAGAGAAGGUGAAGGAGUGUGACUGCCUGAAGGACACUGUGGACAACCUGAAGGUGGUACUGGGCAAGAAGCAAGAGGAGCUGCUUAAGUUGACAGCAGAGCAUCAGGAGGAGGUGGCGUUCUAUGUGGACAACCUCAGUGAGAAGGAGAAAGUGGCAAAGGAUCUUGAAAAUGAGACAAGGAGGAGAAGUGAGGAGGUGGCCAGCCUGACCUCUGCCCUCACUGCCAAGGAUCACCGCCUCCACAGACUAGAAAAAGACUUGGCCAACACGCAGAAGGAACUGGAAGAUAAAGAAACUGAGCUACAUGAUGGCAUGGAUCGUUUGAGGAAAGACUAUGAAGAGGUGUGUGCUGAGAAGAGUAGGAUGAGUGAAGACAUGAGGAGCCUGGAGGAAGCCAAGGAGACCAUCACUUAUAAAUGCUCCAGUCUCAGGGCACAGUUGGACAACCUUGAGGAGGACUUCUUGCAAAUUAAAGAGGAACUUGAGGCUGGGAAGAAAGAAAUCCAGUUAAAGCAGGAAGUUAUUUGCUCUCUUGAAGCUGCACAGGAGAGACUAAAGGAGGAGUUGGACAGUGUUAGGACAAAGGAGACUGAACUUCUAGACCAGCAGGUGACCAGUUCACACAAGAUUGAAAAGCUUCUUGAGGAGAUUGAAAAGUACAAGUGUGAGAUGUUUGAGAAGGAGAAUCAGAUAGUUGCCAUAAGUGAAGACUUAGCAAGCAAAACAGGAAGUUCAGAGAGACUAGCAAAAGACCUGCAGGAGCUUCAUGAACAGCUUGAAGACAAGUGUAGGGAGCAAGAAGAGGCAGAGAGGAGAUGUGAAGUGCUGGAAGAGAAGCUGGAGAGGUCCAUGGCUGAGGCAGACAAGAUGCAGGGGCAGAUUAUGCAACUGUCUGCAGCAAAGGAUAAGAUUUUGAUCCUUGAGGAGAAAUGCAAAGACUUAGAGAAGAUGUGUGAGUCCAGAAAGGCUCUUGAGAGACAACAGAGGCACCAGCCAGAAGACCUAGAGACAGAUAUGAUGGAAAAUAAAGACUGCAAAAAGAUGAUCCAUAGAGAAACUCCUGGUGAUGCUAGCACCAUGAAGGACAGCAGUGGACAUGCCAAGGCACCAGCUUGUGAGGACUGUAUCCACUAUAAGUCCUUGGUGGAAAGAUUGAAUAGAUUUGUGGAGGAGAAGGAGACAGAGCAUGAGAGGAAGAUGGCUGAAGUAGCAAUACAGCAUAACAAAUCUGUCAAUGUCCCCUCCUUCGACACACCUGCAAACACCUCAACUCAGGGAACCAGGAGGAGUAGGGUGGCACUGAUGGAGCAGAAGAAUGACAGGCUUUCAUUCCAGCUGGUGCAGUGUUAUGAAAAAGUUAAGAGACUAGAGGAGACGCUCGAGAACAUGCGGCGGGCAAAUGGAGUGAUCUCGCAGGAUGUGGAAGUGCAAAAAGAACUGAGCUGGAUGUGGGAGAAGAUGCAGGAGGCUGAGAAGAAGCUGAAGCUCCUUAAUGAGAACUAUGACCUCCUUGAAAUGGAAAAUGAGGAGCUGAGGAAGUCCCUGGAGCAGCAGGAUAGAGAAAAGAAAAUGGAGGCAACAGAAAAUGUGGUAUUGGAGAUGCAGGAGAGAUGCAGUGCUGUAGAAAACAAAUAUAUGUUGCUACAGGAAGAGUACAAGGCUCUACUGGAGAAGUUCAAAUCUGGUGGAAGUGAUAUUAGCUCGAAGGAACAUUAUGACUCCCUGAAGAAUAAUCAUGACUCGUUGAAAGAUGAACUCCACUCACUCCAGAAAAAAUACAGUGCACUACGUGAGAACUACACCAUGCUGCAAGAAACCUACGACACACUACAGGAGACCCACAGGAUGCUGCAAGAGAUCCACAGUUCGGUGCAGGCUGCCCACAACACGCUGCAGGAAACACACAACACCUUGCAGGACAAAUACAACACUGCAAGUGACAGAUUUGAGGCACUACAAGAAAAAUUUAACAGCCUCCUCAAAGCACACAACAGCUCCAGGGAUUCAUCACAUGACAACACCUUGGGCACCAUGCAGCAGGAGCCUCAGUGUGAUGCAGUUGCUGGAAGGCCUCCCAUGGGUGUGGUAGCAGCAGUGAGUCCUCACAGCGAGGCUGGUGACCUCAGGGAGCGUCUGGCUGCUGCAGAGCGGGAGAAUGAUGAACUCAAGUUCCGCCUUAUGGCCAAUGAUGCCCCUUCUAGGAAGAAGGUGCAGUUGCUGAUGGAGGAGCUGAGGAUUGCUGAGAGAAAGAUCUCCCACCUGAAGGGGGAACUGCGGAGACAACAGGAAGCUGGCUGUGGGGACUCCACCAUAUAUGAACUGACUGGCCGGUCCACGCAGCAGCAGGAGGAGGGCAAGGCUAAGUCAGAACCUGACUACUCAUCUGGCAGCAGCAUUGUGAACCAGGUGGUGGUGAUGGAGCUGCAGAACAAGCUGUACCACAUAGAGAAAGACAAGAAGAAGCUGGAGAGUGAGCAGAAGGUGGUGCAGCAGCAUGUGGACCACUACCUGGCCAAGGCAAGGGAGUGGAAGGUGAAGGCCACCAAGGAGGAGCAGGCCGCACAGAAGGCCAGGAAGGAGCGGGAUGAAAUGUAUGAUGAACUGAAGAAAUACCUGGCCAAAGUGGAGGAGCUCAGCAGCAAACUUGAGAGGCAGCAGUUUGAGCUGGGCCAUCAGAGGGAGUUGAUUCAGAAGAUGGAGAAGCAGCCGUCCUCUGCCACCUCUGCCACUCCCAGCUGUGUUCAGGUACCUUGGGCAACACCUGCAUCCAGAGAAUCCAGGGGAGCACCAGUAACACCUGCACUAGCAACCAUAGCUGGAGAAAUAGGGAAAGGGAUGAUGGCAACACAAGCUGCAGGGGAAGGACCAGGAACAGGAACUGAAGGAAAUAUAUCAGCAGCACAAGGUGGAGCAGACGCAGCAAAGGAUAAGGAUAAACAGAGGCAGGAUGAGAGGCCGGCCACCCGCCUGUUGGGGCUACACAAUGCCCCGCUGCCCUACCACACCCGCAUUGAGAAGCUCCCCUUCAUGAAAGAUGUCCAGACCAAAGAAACAAGAGAUGAGGUACCCAUGUGGAAGUCCCGGAAAGAGAAUGAGGACAUCAGCAAGUAUAGACUCCCACCAGAGGAGAGGAGGAAGCCUAGUGAAGACUGCAAGACUCAGUAAUGAAGUCUUGUCCUUCAUCUUCCUGGACAUACCUUAUCAUCACCCCCUCACUGGCCAUCUUGUGUGGUGGUGACCUCAGCAGUUCCUUGUGACAUGAUGGUGUCAUGUACUCCCUCCAGGCUGUGAUGGCAUCCCUGUCUCACCACUGUGGUGUGGGAUGAUGGACACUGGCUUGCCUCACUGAUGGAGCUCAGUCACUCCUGAAGGAACUUUGACUAUUACUUGAGUGUCACAGGAGUGGUCUGGUCUGCUUUUCCCACCUGCCUGUCUGUUUCCAGGUUUUUAGGAAGUUUGCAGAAAAGUAUUUUGUUUUGUUGGAUACUGCAAUUUAAACACCUUGUGUUUUUAUUAUUUUUAUAUACUUUUGAUUUAUAUUUUAUUGUAAUAGAAAUUCCUUCUUGCCUAUCACUGUCCCCAGGUUUUGUAUUUUACAUUGUAUUUUUAAUUUUUAUAUAUAUUUUUAAUUUAUAUUUUAUUGUGAUAGAAAUUUAUUCUUGCCUGUCACUGUCCCCAAGUUUUGUAUGAUUUUACAGACAAGUGUAUUUUGUGUAUGUAUGAUGCUGCAAUGUUUGUUUUUUAUUUUUAUUUAUUUAUUUAUUUUUUUUUCCAGCCAAGGUGAGUGUGUGUGUGUGUGUGUGUGUGUGUGUGGAAUCUCAGAAAUUAGGAUAACUAAGGUGUUAUGGCAUGCCUUAAUACGAGGCGCUUAGAAUUAAAGGUGAUGUGUAGUGUUUUUAAUGUUUCAUUUUAUUAGGAUAACUAUUAAGGUGUGUCAUGCCCUAAUACUUGGCACUUAGAAUUAAAGGUGACAUGUAGUGUUUUUAAUGUUUAAUUUUGUGAUUAAAAACUGGAAACUUCA